AUGCAAAAGGCUGAAAACUGGACCCUUUCGAACGAAUCUGUUGUAGAAAUCAAGAUGUCUGUUAGUGAAAGAGCAUUUAUGUUGCCCUAUCUAUCAACAAGAUUUAACAGAAGGCGACAGUGUUUCAUCCUCCAUGACGAUCGUUAUUGCGAGCCCAGCAUAUAUAGAAAUACCGUGAUAAGUCCUUUGCUGACUUGCCCACAAAUUCAAAUCAAAGACAAUGAUUUCGGAUCAAAAUUGGUCGAUAUUCAGACUGAUUACACAUUCUCUGGGUUGCCAAUUUAUCAGUCAAAGGAUGCUAACAUUGGAUACCGAAUUUGUGCAAAAGACUUGUCAAAAAUUAAAUUGACGAGCUUGAAAGAUGAUGACAGGUUUCUGUCUACAUUAACUUUGAUUUGUAUUUGUGUUUCGCUUGUAGCCCUUCUGCUGACUUUCUUUACGUACUGUCUAUUUCCAAGCAUUAGAACUCUUCCGGGAAUUAACAAUAUGAUUUUGGUUUUGUUUUUAUUUUUGGCACAAAUGUGUUUGAUUUUUCGUCCUCUGUCUUAUACAUCUGGUCUGGAAAUUGUCUCUGCUUUGUCACAUUUUUCAUGGCUGUUGGUAUUUUUUUGGCUGCAAAUCUGCUCUUUUCACAUGUUUCGUGUUUUCACUGCCAAGCAAAGAUGGGAUAAUUCUCCAACAUCUAUCAAGAAAACAGUCACAAAGUAUUUCUUGUAUGCUUUUGGUAGCGCAUCGAUUAUUGUUACUUUAAACAUUAUUAUCUCCCUCAUAUUAUCUAAUGGCAAAUAUACAGGCUAUGACAAGGCGUUAACGUUGAUGACACAUAAGACUGCUUUCAUUAUUACUCUUCUGGUUCCGUUAAUUUUUGUCUGCUUAACUAAUAUAUUUUUUUAUAUUUUGACGGCGUACAAAAUCUGCUCAUCUCCUGAUAUUGAAAGCAAAACAGGAAACAAGGUUCAGUUUUCUGUUUAUAUAAAGCUGUUUACAUUGACCGGCCUUUCUUGGAUGCUACAAAUAAUUGACGCUUUUAUAGAUGUUUCAGUGUUUUCGUAUUUUGUUGCAAUUUUGAACGGUUUGCAGGGGUUGUUAAUCUUUCUUAGCUGCGUCUGUAAUGAAAGGGUUUGGAAUUUGUACAAGAUAGCAUGGUGCAAAAAUAUAAAUUUCCGCAAACAUCCUUCCACAUUAGGUUCCCAAACACACAGGUCUUCAAAUUAA